CCGGACUCUUCCCCCAAAAAGGCAGACAGUACUCAAGAUUUCUGUCUUUGUUUUAUUAGAAAAGACAGCUCGACUAACCCACUCGAGCUUCGAGAAAGGCACAUACAAGUCCUCGCAGGUGACGGAACAGUUUGUAAGACCUCGAAAUAUCAGGCUCGAAUAAGGGGGGUGGGAUGAUCAUGACAGCCUCAACAACCGCUGGCGCACCCCAGGCAGGGGCAAGCACAGUUACCGAAGAUCACACAACUGCAUUCACAACGGGGAAAAUCACGACUGAAGACUGCACGGAUGAAAAUACUACCUCAGUAAAUGGACAUGCAGCGAAUGGUGAAUACCAAUAUCCAAACCAGUACUUGGGACAGAAAAGGAGGAUACGCAUCAUCGUGGUUGGAGCCGGUCUGAGCGGCAUCGCCGCCGUCAAGAUCUACAAGGAAAAUUUCCCCGAGAGAGAUGUCGAGAUGGUAAUUUACGAGAAGAAUGCCGACGUGACGGGCACAUGGCUCGAGAACCGCUACCCCGGCUGUGCCUGUGAUGUACCCGCACACGCGUACACGUUCUCGUGGGAGGGCAAUCCAAACUGGAGCCGUGCCUAUGUCGGGUCCGUUGAACUUUAUGAGUACUUCAAAGGUCGUGCCGGGGCGUACGGGGUGGAUGAGUUUGUCCGUCUGGGCCAUCGAGUCACGGCGGCGGCGUGGGACGAUCGACGCGGGAAAUGGGUCGUCAGCCUCGACGAUACGCGAGACGGGAGACGACUCGAAGACGAGGCCGACAUCUUGGUCAACGCGGCUGGCUUUCUCAACAACUGGAAAUGGCCCGACAUUCCAGGACUUGAUUCUUUUCAAGGCAAGCUGCUACAUUCUGCCGCCUGGGACAACGAGUACGACUUCUCCGACAAGAUCGUGGCCGUCAUUGGGUGUGGAAGUUCGGCGAUCCAGAUAGUGCCACAGCUCCAACCGAAGACCAAACACCUGUACUCUAUCAACCGGUCGAAGACUUGGAUCACGCCCGAGUUCGCUGCCGAGUUCGCUCCAGAGGGUCGCACAUCCUUCUUUUCGGACGAGCAAAAGACGAAGUGGGCCAACGACAAGGACGAGUUUCUCAGGUACAGAAAAGAGGUCAACUCGACGGUCAACAGCUUCUUUGAGAUGCAAUUCAAGUCCUCGACGGAGCAGAAGAUGGCCCGCGAAAACUUUCGCAAGACGAUGAAGGAGCGGUUGCGCCAUCGAGAAGAUUUGAUUGAGAAGAUUGUUCCCGACUUCGAGGUUGGCUGUCGACGAAUUACACCUGGUCACGGCUACUUGGAAGCGUUGGCUUCCCAGAACGUGACGGUGCGGAACGACGGCAUAAUCGGCGUGACUUCAGAAGGUCUCCGUAUGGCAACCGGUGACACCAUCAAGAUCGACGCCCUUGUCUGCGCGACUGGAUUCGACACAUCCUAUCGGCCUUCGUUUCCAGUGAAAGGUUAUGGGGGCCAGGAUCUUCGUGAUCUCUGGCGAGAGCAGCCAAGAUCAUAUCUCUCGGUUGCGGCGGCCGGGAUCCCGAACUAUUUCAUCACAAGUGGGCCCAAUUUUCCCCUCGCCAACGGGUGCCUUUUGCCGGCCCUCGAGAACAACAUUAGAUACGCAUUCGCGGUGGCCCAGAAGCUUCAGUAUGACGGAAUCAAGUCAGUCUCUCCCAAAACGGCCGCCGUCGACGAUUUCCAAGAGUACAAGGAGUCGCUGAUGAAGGACUUGGUCUGGACCGGAUCGUGCACUUCCUGGUAAGAUCUUUGAUGAUGGCCCCCGUUUUCUCAAUCUAGAAAACUGUAUCUUCCGUGGCAUACAUCGAGUAUCCGCUAAUUCUCCAUCACAAAGGUACAAGCGAAAUGGCCACGUCUGGGGACCUUGGCCUGGCUCGAGCCUCCACUAUCUCGAGGUCAUGACCUCACCGAGAUGGGAGGAUUACGACAUUGAGUAUAUACACCGCAACCGGUUCAACUUCUUUGGGCACGGUAGGACCAGACGGGAGAUGGAGGCGGGCGACCUGUCGUACUACAUCAAAGAGCCCGGUGCCGGGUUUGCUAAGAUUUAGAUACUUCUCCCACCGGAAUUAUGAGAUCGAAUGUAACUCAUAUCUCCAAAACGGCUUCAAAUCGUAGCGUCAAACGACACUGGCGGAUUCGCACGACGUGCAAGAUUGUUGGUCUGGACGCAUUAGCAUCAUUUGCGAGGUGUCACACGCCCAAGUUGUAUUUUCAUUCCAGCUGCCCAUCAAAACUGCAGUUUGCUUUAGCUCAAGAAAUGGAUGGUUUAACAACGCAAAAACACGCCCUAGAGUCUAGCAGAUCCG